AUGUCAAAAAACGAACUGGGGGGCAAGAAACGUAUCUUGUCGAAGAUCUUUCGCAAGAAGUCCCACUCGUCGGGGCCGCCUUCUCCAUCCUCAACCUCAACGGCCUUCUCCAGUGACACCAAGUUCUCGCUGCCUCGCAGUUCACGAGCCAUUGCCAGGCACUCGAGUAUCAAGAGCGGGAACGGCGACACGGGCGUCUACCUCGACGAUGAUACGGCCUCAAUCUUCAACCACGCUGACCAGCUGGUCGAGGAUCUCAGCCUGCAUUUCCUGAAUGACGUCCUUUCCGAUUACACCUUGGACGACUACCACGAUGACGACUUCGAUAAAAGUGGAGAGCAAGCAUUCCCCGUUGACGAGGAAGAAAACACCAAUGCUCCGUGGGCAGGGCUCACGUACGAGUCGUUGAUUUUUCCGAAACGCUUGAAGAUCAACAAGCGCAGCAAUAAGAGUCCCCGGAUGCUCAAUAAUUUAUUCUUGGCUCAGGAACUUCGCUGUGGCGACAAGGAUAGCCUUGUUGGAGAGCAAGAAAGCGAUGUCAGCAGUGUGGACUUUUCGGAAGAUACUUCUGCUCUCUCCGAUCAUGAUAUUAGCUCAUCAAUGAGGAGUCAUGAAAUAUUGGUGAUGGAGUUCAGUCGGGAUGGCAAGUACUUGGCUGCCGCUGGCAGAGAUAGCAAAAUCUAUAUUUGGCACAUAAUUUCAUCGCCUUUGAGCAGACUACAAUACAAGAGUCGUGAAGCGGCUGCUGCCGCUAGCCGUGACGCAGACUCUAGUAAGCUGAAAGCUUUCCCUUAUGCUCCGGUAUUUCAGCAAAGGCCUGUUCGCAUUUUCGAGGGCCAUACCAAAUCUAUUUUAACUUUGGAUUGGAGCAAAAACAACUUCCUUAUAUCCGGGUCGAUGGAUCAGACGGUAAAGCUCUGGAAUGUCGAGCGCCCCGACUGUCUUCAAACAUUCCAGCACGAUGACUUCGUGACCGCUGUGAAAUUUCAUCCGACCGAUGAUCGAUUCUUCCUAAGCGGUUGCCUUGAUAACCAGGUUCGCUUGUGGUCUAUCCUUGAACUGGCCGUGGCUUAUAGCCGCAACCUUGGCAAUGAAGUGUUGAUUACAGCAUUGGCGUUCACCCCUCUAGGAAAUCAUUGUAUUGUUGGGGGAUUCAAUGGCUCUCUUUUUGGACUCGAAACCCAUGGUCUCCACGUGCAGCACAGAGUCGAAAUUAAAGACAGAUCUAUCACAAACCCAUUCCAUCAUAAACAUGGCUACAAAAUCACGGGAAUUAAAGUCUUCGAGAACGAUGCCGCUCCAGAUGCUGCCAGUACUCUGCUUUCAAGAUACAACUUGCUAAUAACCACCAACGACUCAAAGACUAGAUUAAUUGACAUGCAACAGGCCAGAUUACUCACAAGAUUUAAAGGUGCAACCAACACGAGUUCGUCGAUUGUGGCGUCUUUAAGUGAUGAUAACCGCUACAUCAUUUGUGGUUCGGAGGACCAUUGGUGCUAUGUGUGGGAGAAUAAUAAUUCCAUUAUCAAUAACAAGCUAAGAAUAGCUCUCAAGGAGCUUUACAAAGAGGGAAAGCAGCAAGUCAAUCAUACCCACAGAAUGCUCACAAAACUUCUUCAUGACAAUAAGCUUUGGAAGAAACUCAGCUUGCAACGAUUUCUUGAGGACAGCAAUGGCCAAAACUACAUUGCCAACGAAAAUAAUUCUUAUUCGUGUUUCCAUGCUCAUCAUACUAAGGUGAACUGUGCUCUCUUUGCGCCUCAAGAUACACGCCGCCUCCUAGCUUUUUCCGAUGAUAUUAUAUAUGAUCUCGUUAAAAGAGCGCCACAACUUGAUGAGUAUGGUAUCCUCGGUUCUCGAAAAAAGGAAUUGAAGUACUCAGAGACAACGGGCCUUGACGCUGGUCAUAUUAUUGUCACCUGUGAUCAAACAGGUGUCAUCAAAGUAUUCCGUCAGGACUCGGCAUACCAUAUCAGGCGUGCUUUAGUGGAUUUCAGAAAGGAGUCCAAGUCGAAGUGUUCUGAAUCUAUUCUAAAUAAGGAUAAUCUCAAAAUUGAUCUUAGUGGUCUAAACAUGAGGUCCAUCAAGACAAGAAGUCGCAGUCCUGGCUUAGAGUAUCCACCCUCAAUCAAGUCGAAAUUCCUGAACCAAUUGCGUCAUAGGAGUACUUUCUCAACAUCCCCAGGAGGUGGUACUCUUGGGGCCACCAGAACUUCUUCAUCCAGAACUGUUCUUCAGGGCCAAUCGCCGCCUGAAGUCGUUACUGCAAGUUCGCAAAUUAGCAUGAAGCGCAUGCCAAGGUCUAACGAUUUUCAUUCCAAUUACGUUACUUUGCCGCUGCAAAUUCACGAUAAUGAAGAUGAUCUCAGCUUAAGUGAUCGCCUGAUUUUGAGCAAGGAGGACGUCUUGACUCCAAGGUCUAUGUCAUUGACAAACGGGGCGGUAGAGGAAAAAGAUGCUUCUUUCAUUGCUAAUGCCUCCGGUCGUCAGCAAUCUGUUCCCCAAUUGAUGACUACAGCCCCCACAGAUGCUUCUUUAGGUAUGCCGGAAGCCACUCAGAUUCACGCCCGAGAAAAGAACGGGGCCGAGAGAGGUAGAGCCUGA